AUGUGUGCAGAUAUCCUACAAAUGUCCUCUUCCGCUUAUCACUCUUAUCCCACAUAUAUAUCGAUGGUAACAGCCACUUUCAAUCAGAACAAUAGUUGUAUUGCUGUUGGAUUUCCAGAUUGCUACAAAGUGUACAAUUGUGAUCCUUUUGGGGAGUGUUUUUCUAAGAACGAUGAUGGUGGUGCCAGCAUUAUGGAAAUGCUCUUUUCAACAAGUCUAGUUGCAGUAGUUGGCACUGGAGACAAGCCUAGCACUUCCACAAGAAAACUGAAGAUUGUUAAUACUAAGAGGAAUACUAUUAUUUGUGAAUUAAGCUUUUCCACUGCAAUUCUUGCGGUCAAGUUGAACAGAAAACGACUGGUGGUCGUCUUGUAUGAUCAAUUGUUUAUUUAUGACAUAAGUUGUAUGAAACAACUAAAGACUAUCGAAACGGUCCCCAAUAGACUGGCAAUUGCCUCCUUAAGUGCUGAUGACUCUUCAAUUCUUGCAUAUCCUUCAUCAGAUUCUAGUAGUUCCAACGAACGACAUCAACUUGGAGAAACCGUUUCCACGGGAGGCUCUGGUGGCGUGGUAUUGUAUGAUGCGUUAAACUGUGAGUUUAUUACCAUUAUUGAAGCCCAUAAAGCCCAGCUACAGCAAAUUUGUUUAUCGAAAGAUGGGAGUUUGCUAGCAACGACUUCUCAUAAGGGGACGCUAAUACGAGUUUUUAGCACCUCGGCUCCAUUCGACAAGCUUUACGAAUUCAGAAGAGGAUCAUAUCAAGUUAGGAUACAGCAUCUCUCAUUUAGUCACGAUAAUAGGUACCUCAGCUGCUGUUCAAAUACUGGAACCAUUCAUUUCUUUAAACUUGACUCGUCAUCGACAGAGGAAGAUGGCUCUGAAGCUGACAGGGAAGAGCGUCUGAUACCACAACAAGGUGAGCUCUCUACUGAGGAGUCUACAUCAGUUACUAAUAUAUUCUCACAGAAAGGAAAGUACCAUUUGAAAGAGUACCUUCAGCAAGUCUCCUCGAGAUUGCCUACCAACGUUCAACAAAACUUUACAUCACUAAUCGAACCCCAAAGGGACUUUGCCCACAUAAAAUUACCCUCACCAAGUCCCACAACUAUAGCUACUAUCGACUCUUCCAACAAUGUGGUCGUCUUCUCUGGAACCAACCUUUAUGUAUAUCAUUUGAAACCAGGCGAGUGCGUACUACUGAAGAAGCACUCUCUUACAUAG